UUUGUUUAGACUCCCUGUGUAGCUGCAUGAUAACGACUAAGCAUUGUCCCUCCAGAUACUCCCUCAGUGGGGCCACAUUGGUGAGGUCUGAGACAGUUCACUUUCGUUUUCCAGUUUCAACGUCAUGAAACUCAUCCCAGCUGCAUUUAAAACCCCACCACCGUUACUGGGCAGGGCUAGCAGGGAGGAAGCAGCUCAGAACACUUUACAGAUCUCCAACACAGCUGACUGCAGCUUUCUCUAAACUUCAGUGAGUCAUUUAGUGACAAGUGGACCGUGCAGGAUGGCAGAUUUUCAGCUGCGUUCGUACCAGGAGGAAGUGGUUGAAAGGGCGCUCAGGGGAGAAAACAUCAUCAUCUGGCUGCCUACGGGUGGAGGAAAGACUCGAGCCGCUGUUUAUGUGGCCAGAAGACACCUGGAGACCACCAAAAAUGCUAAGGUGGUGGUCUUGGUAAACAAGGUUCAUCUUGUUGACCAGCAUUACACCAAAGAGUUCAAGCCUCACCUGGGUGACCGCUUUAAACUCGCCAAGGUCAGUGGAGAGAGCGAUGAGAAGGAUUUCUUUGGAAAAGUGGUAAAGAAGGAAGACGUGGUCAUCUGCACGGCACAGAUCCUGUACAACGCUCUGACCAACAAGGAGGAAACGAGGCACGUAGAGCUGUCGGAUAUCACGCUGCUCAUAAUCGAUGAAUGCCACCACACCCACAAGGAGUCCGUCUAUAACAAAGUCAUGAGACACUAUUUGGAGAAAAAGCUGAAAGGACAAGGACGACUCCCACAGAUUCUGGGUCUCACAGCGUCGCCGGGGACGGGAGGGGGCAGGACACUGGAAAAUGCUGUGGAUCACGUGCUGCAGAUUUGCGCCAACUUGGACUCCGCCAUAGUGUCAACUAAAAACUACGUCCCCGAGCUGACGAAGAAGGUACCCAGACCCAUCAAGACCUUUGACAUUGUGGAGAAGAGGGUUGCAGAUCCAUUCGGAGACCAUCUGAAGUGGAUGAUGCAACAGAUCCACGAAGUCAUGGCCCUCCCUCCCGACGUUAGGCUGAGAGAGUGUGGCACGCAAGAAUACGAGGCGGAUGUGGUGAUCCUUGAACAGCGAGGAGUUAGAGAGGACAACCGACUGCUGGCCCAGUGCGCGCUCCACCUCAGACAGUACAACGACGCCCUGCUCAUCAACGACACUCUGCGAAUGAUGGACGCCUUCCACUCCCUGCAGGAGUUCUACGACAGCAAGGAAAACACAGCCAUUGAUGGAACAGACUUUUUACUGCUGGGACUUUUCCAAGAGAAUCGGGUGGAGCUGCGGAAACUUGCAACAGAUACUGUUUAUGAGAACCCAAAGAUGGGGAAACUGGAGAGCGUCCUGCUGAAGCAAUUCAGCUCUAACGUGGAAUCGAAGGGAAUCCUCUUCUGCAAAACCAGAAAAAGCACCCACUGCCUAAACGACUGGGUCCUCAAGAAUCGCGCCCUCCAGUCGGCUGGCAUCAAGGCAGCCAUCCUCACCGGGGCUGGCAAUGGCUGCACACACAUGACGCAGAACGAGCAAGCGGAGACGAUCCGCAAGUUCCGCGGGGGUAAACUCAACCUCCUGAUCUCCACCAGCGUGGCCGAAGAGGGUCUGGACAUCCCUGAAUGCAACCUGGUGGUGCGCUACGGUCUGCUCACAAACGAGAUUGCCCAGCAGCAGGCCAUUGGACGUGCCCGGGCACAAGAGAGCCAGUACUCGGUGGUCGCUCAGGCGGGGGGACGGGAAUUCCGCCGAGAGCAAAUCAACGAAGAUCUGGAGGUCCUCACCGGGCAGGCCAUCGCUAAGGUCCAGCAAAUGAACCAGCAGGAGUUUCGCAGAAAGAUUAUUGAGCUGCAAGCAGAGGCCAUCAUCAGCUGUAAGGUUAUGCAGAACCAGAAAACAGAGAAGAAGAGCCGCUACGCCGCCUCCGAUAUCCAGCUGCUGUGUCGCAACUGCUUUCACCCAGUGGCCUCCGGCAGUGACAUCAAACUCCUGGACAACGUGCACUAUGUCAACCCCAAUCGAGAAUUCAGGAGACACUACAACACCGGUGUUCAGGUGAGACUACCAAGGACCUUUGAGGACUGGGAACCCGGCUGCUCUAUCAGAUGUAGUAACGGCCAGUGCAACAAGGAUUGGGGAUUUGAGAUGAAGUACAAAAAGAUCGCUUUACUACCCAAUAUAGCCAUUAAGAACUUUGCCAUUCAGACUCCGGAUGAAAGGCUGACUGUGAAGAAGUGGAAAGAUGUUCCUUUCACCGUUGAAGACUUCAGCUUUCAGGAGUUCUGUGAAGACCUGGAUGACUUGUUCGAUUGAGACUGCAGAUAAACCUUCUCCAGGGUUUCUCUCCCCUCCAUCUCUUAUCAUUUUAUUUUUCCAUUUUAGAUCAGUUUAGAUAAGGUCAACCAUCUUCGUUCUGUUGGAAGUGUUUAAUAUGAACACAGAUUUUUUUUCCUCCCCAUUCCACGCAUCCUUAUCUGUGCUGGCGGGCCAGUGAGAUAACAGCUCUAAAACCCAUUACUCAUCGAUCAUCCUUGAAAUUAGCAUGACGGCUUUGUUUAUGCCUUAGGUCUUAUCCAGUUUGUAUGUGUUGUGUGUUUUCCCUUCAGCUGCGUCCUCAGCAAAGCACAAAGGCAAAAAAAAAAUCCUUUUGCUUCUGCUUCUAUCUCCUACUUUUAUGAGCAUAUAUCAUAUUAACCAUAUAUCAUGUUAAGAUGACUCCACAUGAAAAACCUUGUUUUAAACAAAAUACUUUAAGAUUAAGUAUAAAUUAAGCAUGGAUGCAGUUGUGUAAACAAUAAUGUGUGUGUUUAAUGGAGAUUUUUGUGUCACUGUGUACUGUAAGCUAAGCUUAGCUAAGAUGAAAUGAAUUAUGAUCUAUUUACUGUUCCUAUUUAAUUGCUUUUAUCGUUCACUAGGUGGCAGUGUCUGUUAACCAAUGAAAAUGAGCUUGUAUUUGUUUUUCUUUUUUCUUACCUAUGGCAAAUGCUAUGAAUAAAGCUGGGAAGUGAUUUUUCUCGACUGGUUUUUAAAGUCAGAGUAAGGGUUUACAGUCUUUAGGAUCCCAAAAUAUGAAAUAUAAUUAGAAAUGAGGACUCAUAGAUCUGGUAUUUAAUGCUCACAGUAACUAACCUUUGCUUAUGGACCCUUGGGAAAAGUUAUUAGUCCUGAAUUAUUUUAGUUAGCUGUCAGGUUGGGAAAGAUUUACAUGCAUGCAUGUAAAGGCAUCCAUGAUGCUGUCUUUAUGGGUUCUAAAAUUCAUAUGGAUGAUGGUUUGCAUUGUUUGUAGGUCCCUAUAUGUUUGUAUUGUAAUGCAAUAUGUCACUAUUAUGUGUUUUAGUUUAGAUUAUUUUCACACCAGAGAUACAGUCAACAUCAAGAAUAUGUUUUUUGAUACUUUUUUACUCUCACAAUUUACACUGAUUUUGACAGAUGGUGAUGGAGUUAAGUUUGGCCUCUCGGCUCAGAAAUAAAUCAGGAAUAGAAUAGAUUAAACAAAGAAGGAAUAGGAUAGGAAUGGUUUUCAAGAAAAAAAAAUCUAAACAAUACAAGUAAAAGAAAACUGUACAAAC